GUAAGCAGAGUCAUAUCCAGCAAACAGACAGAGAAGCCACGCGGUGGCACAUCACAUUGGGACAAGACCCAUGUCAGGCUGACGGAACACACGGCACCUUGCUCCUGGCAUCUCCACUGCAUAAGGCUCUCAUGGGCAUCUUCAUGGAUCAGCACAUCAAGUAUGACUGAAGAGUCCAACGGCACGCUGGUUCUAGAUGAUUUACUGGAGAUUUUGAAGGAUUUAUCCAAUUACUAUGACGACCUGAAUAUUUCGGGGAACAGCAGCAGCGGCGGCUUCCUGCCGGACCCGGGCACAUUUGCGUGUGAGCCAUUCACUGUCUCACUGGCCCUCAGCAUCCUGGUGUGUACCUUCUACUUGCUGGUCUUCUUCCUGGCCGUCCCAGGGAACCUGGUGGCGGCCGUGGCCAUUGGUUCCAGCCACAGGGCCCUGUCCCCCUCCGAGUUGUAUCUGCGGCACCUGGCCAUAGCCGAUGGGCUGUUGGCACUCACGCUGCCGCUGUGGGCAGUGGCAGCGCUGCGUGGCUGGACAUUUGGCGACAGCCCCUGCAAACUGGCCAGUCUGGUGCUGGAGGGCAGCUUCUACAGCAGCAUGCUGUUACUGGCCUGCAUCAGCGUUGAGCGUUACCGGCUCAUUGUGCGAGCUGCACAGAGCCGCAAUGAGGCAUGCAGGCGGCGUGGCAGCUGGCUGGCAUGUGCUGCUGUCUGGGUGGUAGGGGGUGCCCUCUCACUGCCGGCACUCCUCAAGGGGCAGGUGCAACCCGUAGGUUCAGUGUGGCCAGUCUGCGAGGAGAACUACUCACCGGAGGCAGCGGCAGCCUGGCGCCUGGCCACGCGGCUGCUACGCCACACGCUGGGCUUCCUGCUGCCGCUGGCUGUCAUGCUGACAUGCUGCUGGUCAACUGCCGAGCGGCUGCGACGAACGCGGGGCAGGAGGGGGCAACGUGCCCGCAGGCUCAUCUCUGCCGUGAUCCCCGCCUUCCUGCUGUGCUGGGCCCCCCACCACCUGGCAGUGAUGGUCGACACUCUGCAGAGGAUCAGCCUGGUGCCUGGCGGCUGUGAGGCCCGGCGUGUCGUGGGUGCCGCCAUCUUUAGCACGCAGGUGCUGGGCGUGCUGCACAGCGCUAUCAACCCUGUGCUCUAUGCCUUCAUCAGCCACGACUUUCGCCGCAGGAUGUGCCAGAGACUUUGUGGCCAGAGGGCAGCAGACCGCGAGGUGCCCCCCAGAGGAAGCCGGUCACUAUCUCAGAAUUCGGAUGGAGUUUCCACAGCCCUGUGACGACCAAUGGCCGCACCUCAUUCCCCAUGAAGAUCGACAACCGCACCUUAUUCCUCGCGAAGACCGAUAACCACGCCUCACGCCCAAUGACGACCAUACCUAGUUCCCUGUAAUGACCGCGCCCAAUUCCCUGUGAAGGCCACACCUCACGCCCUGUGAUGCCCACGCCUCAUUCUUUGAGAAGGCUGUGGCUCACACUGAACAUCUCGACCCCAGAGGUUUGGGGACGCCCUUUUGGAAACAAACAGUCACUACACUAAAUACUAAACACAUUCCUACGAUUUUGACUCUACUUCCUAAUUUACAUCAACACUAUAUGCAACCAGGAAGCAAAUGUAUCCCAGCAGCCCCACGAAAAGAAAGGAAUUCUCUAACAGAACAUUUUCCUCAACCGACCAGUUUCUUCACUGCAAACAAUGAAAUGGCCCAUGAAGAUGCCCCGCCACUGUUGGCACCCAGGGAUAUUGUUAACCCGUCACACGGACCACAUGUCCCAUGUAUAUAGACACCCUGAUCAUCAUGUUUGAGUUGGACUUCUGCCUUCUGAGUUGGAUUUCUGCCUUACUGUAGAAUUUAAGAUGGGACAGUUUUCUGUUGUCAGUGGAUUCUCUGAAAUUCUUAAAAUCCCUACAGAAAAAUGUUUAAUAAUAUGCAUGCUUGAUAUUUAAAGAAGAAUACCAUGCACAAUACAAAUGACUUCUAGGUAAAUCUGCUUUCCACUGCCCCACAAAUACCUCUUAGAUUAACGCUGUAGCAUUAGCUUUAGGCUAAUAGUUACACAGCCAUUUUGCUGUAUAUAGGUUGCUGCUUUACCAGCAGUAUGUAGUAUAAACUAGGAUUCGUGGUAGUUAUGUGAAUGUUUGCAGUAUUAUGGCACUAUUACUGUAUAGCUUGGAAUAAUCAUCAUGGUGUACAGUAGAGUGUGCUCUCCUUGAUAGCCAAAGGAAUACAAAAACAUCUGGAUGUUUUACCAAGUAAAUAUGGUUAUUUAAUAUCCAGAAACGCUGUGCUGGUGGCAUAUUCCUACCCGGCUUGCCUGUCUGUUCCCCUCUGUAACACAUUUUAAAGAGCAACUCUUUUACUAACAUUGAAUGGGGAUGAAGAAGGCUAACAGGAAGAGAGUAAGUGUGUGUGUGUGAGAGAGAGAGAGAGAGAUAAACAAAAUAUAUAAAAAAUCCAUAUAUUUGGAAAACAAGAGCUGUCUCAGGAAAUCAAGAUCAAGAUCAUGACCUAAAUAUAAAAAGAACCAUUCCUGUGAUUUUUAUGCUUUGUUUUGCUCCUGAACUGAAGGCUGCUCACACAGUUGUGGUGUGAUGCCUGUAUACUGCUGGUCAAGGACCAAGUCCUGUCCAAUAAUACCCAGCCUGUAAUUUAUGCAAAUGUACGGCUUUGUCUUAAUGAACAGAGAAUUAAAAUACUUCCAAGUACUAA